AUGAAUGAAAACAAGAAGGUAACGAUUCAAAGCAAUGAUAUGGAAUUAAUCGGUAAUAUUAUUCAGUCGAUGGCAGAAAGCUUCGGGAUUCCUGAAUUGCAAAUAACGGCUCAUUUUCCUAAUGAAAUAAGUAAACUUCGAGAUCUUACCGCAAAAUUGCAUGAUAAGUAUAUCAUUCGAGAUCAGUUAUCAGCUACAAUAGCAGAACGAUCUAAUUCAAUUAAGGAAAUGUUAGUUCGAAUGGAAGAUGCGCGAAUCAUUAAGCAGUAUGGUUUGAUGCGUAAGUAUUGCUUAAAAUUGCAUACACUGAAUCAGGCUAUAUUAGCUGAGCAUAAAGUUCGCUGUAAUAAUCAUGAAGAGUUGCUUCAAAUUCUUCGUAAUCUCAAUAAAAUCAUCGAAAAAGGCGCUCGACUUCGAGUCGGUGCGCCAGCUAGUAGACUAAUCUCGGCAAGUCGAGAUGCAAUUCUCCAAGAAGAUUUCGAUAUGUUAGCAAGAAUUAUUCUAUUUGGUGUUUAA